AUGGCUGGUGAAAUAUUCACUUCAUUAAAACAAUAUUUAGGAAAUGACAAAGAUGUUGUUGCUGAAUUACAACAACAGCAACAGCAGUCACCCGAAAGCUCGACAAUUAAUAUUAAAGAAUUACAAGAAAUACGUGAUUCACUUCUUCAAGAAUCGGAAACUCAAGCAACUCAUUUAACAAAUCUACUCGAACAAACUUAUAAAUUUCAAUUUCAAAUACAAACAUUAUUAUCAUGUUUCGCAAAAACAGUUACUAAUUGA